AUGGGAUAUUUUCAACUGAUGAAAAGGAAUGGAAUGAGACCAGAUGUGUACACAUUUGUCAGCGUCAUGUCCUCACUUGAUGGCAUAGCAUCCGUGGAUUUUGGCAUCCUCCGUGGCUGUUAUUAUCAAAAUGGGUUCUCUGAAGAGGCGUGGGAGUUGUUUUGUUGGUUGAGACGGGAGGCCAUGCAGCCCAACAGCUCACCCUAUACAAUGAUUCUCUGUUCUUGUACAGUUUCACCAGAGAUCAGUGAGGAGAGUCAAGUGCAUGCCCUCUUAAAGAAAUCUGGUUUGCAUGAUGAUAUAUUUGCAGGAACUGCACUGAUGGACUGUUAUGCUAAGUGUGGAACAAUGGAAGGCGCUAGAGAUUGUUUUGAAAGAAUGUCCCAAGUUAAUUUAAUCUCGUUUAACACCCUCAUUUCAGGAUAUUCUCAAAAUGGUCGAUACAAAGAGACAUUGGAUGUAUUCUCCAAAAUGCAAGAAUUAGGUACGAAGCCUGAUAGGUUUACUUUUUCUGGUCUUUUGAAUUGUUUCAUUGACCAAGAUUGCUCAAAGAAGGCGAGCAAACGCACUGCCAAGGAAUUAAAUUGGAUACUGAUUCAGAUGCUUGUGUCUCUGAUGCUCUGGUUAGCAUACUCAUAUAGGCUGUUUGCAAGAAUGAGACAGGUCCUGAGGGACUUUGAUGAGUUUACUCUCUCAAGCCUGCUUAAGGCAUCUUUAACGUUAGAGCAGGGAAGAAUGCUUCACGCUUCGGUUAUAGUCUCAGGUUUGGUAGAGGAUGAGGUUGUUAUUUCCGAUUUGAUCCAUCUCUAUACACGAAACAAGUGCAUAGAAGAUGCUGUAAUGGUGUAUAACACGAUUUCUGACAGGAACGAGAUGGUUUGA